UAUAGGACAGCAUUCUUUGUGGCAGGGCUUCAGUUCGUCCACAGCUCAGCAGACAAACUCCCAGGCUGCACUUACAACUGCUGUACAACUAUUUGCUCCUGCGCUGAUUGUUGUCCACUCUGAUUUGCUCCUGAAGAGACCAAUUUUUUUUCUCCUGCCUGAGGAAGUCGGGAGCUCUGGACCUCGGUCAACACUAUGGAGUCAGCUAUGUCCAAUCAUUCAUUGGUCUGUGCUUCGGUGGAGACGACAGCUGAGAACACUUUAUUUGGAUGCUUCUACAUCCUGAUUUUCUUCCUGGCGCUGAACGGUAACAGCUUGGCCCUGUGGAUCUUCUGUCAUCAGCGUGGCGCUCCCUCUCCAGCUAAUGUCUUCUUGAUGCACCUGGCUGUGGCAGACUUGUCCUACGUGAUCAUCCUCCCACUGAGGGCCACCUACCACCUCACUGGGGGCCACUGGCCCUUUGGCGAGGUGCCCUGCAGAGUGGUUGGCUUUUUGUUUUACGUAAACAUGUAUGCGAGCCUGUACUUUCUGGCCUGUGUGGCUGCCGACCGCUACCUGGCUGUGGUCCAUGCUGUGAGGUCACUGAAGGUUCGUCGUGCUCGUUACGCUCACAUCAUCAGCUUCUCUCUCUGGGCCCUGGUCACUGUCUCCAUGUUGCCAUUGCUCGUCACCCACCAGACUCGAGAGGUGGAUGGUGUGACGGUGUGUCAGCAGCUGUACAGAGAGAAUGCUUCUCGUAAGGCGCUCAUCUCACUGGCUGUGGCCUUCACCCCACCUUUCUUCGUCAUCCUGUCCUGCUACCUGCUCAUCAUUCACAGCCUGCACCAGGGCUCCAGGUUAGAGCCAGCUAUCAAGCUGAGGGCCCUGCGGACCAUCAGUCUGGUAAUCCUCAUCUAUGUGGUCUGUUUCCUGCCUUAUCAUGUGAGCAGGGCCACCUUCAUCCUGGGGUACGGACACGUUGACACGUCCUGUCAGACACGCAGGGGCCUGAUGUUGGCCAACCGCCUCACCUCGUGCCUCACGUGUCUGAACGGUGCUAUGGACCCACUGGUGUACGUGUUUGGGGCCAAGAAGUUCCGCGGGACUCUAAAACAAAUGUUUUGCAAAGACAGGUCAGGAGUGUCAGGAGCCACCAGUGGAGAUUUAAAAGGAACACAUGAGAGCUCUGUGAGCGCCAAGUCAGAGUUCUGAGGGAUUUGAUCCGGAGCACUGUGUGGACUCAAUGCUUUUCCAACACAACCAAAAUUGGACUGACUGUUGCCUUUGCCUAAAAGAAGGCUGCGGCUUAUUCUGAAAUGAAGUUGAUGUAACACAGUUGCCUCUAUAGCCUGAAUUUAAAGCCCUGUUCCAGUGUCCACCCUGUGCCCAUUUUACAGAACCAUUACAAAUUUUAUCUGAAGUGAUCUGUGUGAAUGCAGGAAGGGGGAGAAGUCAUCACAAUAUGUGGAUUGAGACAGAGAUUUGUGAAAUCUAUUUAAACAUAACAAGUCAUAGUCAUUGGCCAGUAGAGUGUUUAUCAUAUUUUAUAUUCAAAGAUCCCAUUUUGUGGAAUGUGGGAAUCCCGUGUUUUACUACACUAUAAGACAAAUAAGUGCAAACAAGGUGUUUAUACUGUGUGAAUACUGUUUGUUUAUACUUGGUAUUUGUUCCAGCUCAUUCUGUGUUUUGUUGUGCCUCCAAAAUCCCACUCUUAUUUCUGUUUGAUUGUUGAAAAGUAUAAGUCAUAUGAUGUGACAGCCCUGAAACUUCAUGCAUCAUAGUCUGUGAGUAUGAAGCUGGUUGCUGGAAAUCGGCUUAAACAUCAUUCGGCUGAUUCUGCUUUUGCUACCCGGCGCUGUCAUCCAUCAACAGAGAAGUUAGUCCAAAAUAUAAAGCCAAAGUUUAUCCCAGAUAGGAGGAAAAGAAAGUAAUACUAUACUAAGAUACUAAGUAUGUACAUAGUAAACUUUUACUGCAUUUUUCAAGUUUUUAAUCCACUACACAUACACAUUAAUGUUUCUUAUCUUUAGUGUUUUUCAGUCAGUCCAACAUUUUAGUCAAGCUGUAAUUAUCUCCCAACUUUUAUAUAGAUUGUCCUUAAAAGACAUCCAUGAUGUAUUAGAGGAUUAUCACCAGUGCUUGAUUUGGGACCCAGAAAAAAGUUAAGUACCAGAUAGCCAAUGUUAGCUUGAUAAUGUUCCAAACUAUGACACCGCACAUUGUAAACAUUGUACGUGAUAAACAUAAGAUUGUUAGUUUUAGUGUUUCCCAUUAAUAACCUAGACAGUGGUGACCCGCUAUAUUCUUAUUAAUCCUCCCACAGUUUCAUAAUGAACCCAAAAUAUAUUUCAAUUGUCAUAAUAAUACAAGAGAUCUCAUACUUUGUGUUUUACUCCAUUGUUGUAUUGUAUAGCUGCAGAACUAGUACAGCACUAUUUGCCAUGUGCUCAAGCUAUCAGUCAUUAUGUAUUUACCAUACAUACUGUCAGACUUUCAGCUGCAGUUGUGGCGUACACUUAAUUACUCAAUUACAUACUUAUAUUUCGUUCUUUAGUCUGUUCACCUGUGACCUUUGUUCGUGUGCGUGAGCAACCCUGUUUCCGUCAAGGAUUUAUUAGUUCUGUACGAAACCCAGGUAGGGUAAUAAUAUUGGUAUUAAAAUUAGGUGUGGUCGGGUGUAUUACAAUCUCAAGGCCAUUGGACACAACAUAAACAGGGAGUCAAAGUUAUUUAAAGGGUGCAUCAUUAAGAUGGUAAUGUACGACCAGGUACAUAUACUCUUCUUGUGACACACUUUCACUUUUUAUUCAAGUAGAUCUCUUUUCUCCGAAGCACUCGCUCUUCCUAUCUGGCAAAAGUGCUGUUAUAGUAAAAAUCCACUGAGAUGUAAGUGCACCAAGCUUCUAAAGGCCAUGGGAGAUGUCACUCUCAUUGGUUUAUUGCAUGUUAUGCCUCCAACAAACCCAUGAUUAUUUUAUUAAAAGAGUGAAAACCUUUUAUAAACCAUGGUUUUAUGGUGCAGCAGCCUCUAUUCCACUGUUAAACUAGCAAAAGUGGAUUUGGAAUGAAGACAUUUGUGUCAUUAGCAACCAACACUAUGCGCUUAUAACAAUAGAGCCCUUAGUCUUGUUUAAAUAUAAGUAUUUUAAAAUCAAAUUACAAAUGUAUGUAUAUAUAUAUAUAUUUUCCAUUGUUGUUUACAUUGCUGGAAGACCCCAGUGACAUGUUAACCUUGUUCUGCUUGACAAAUCUUGAUUGUACAUAUAUUCUCCAUUAUCCUGCUUCCUAACUCUUAUAUGAAAUAUGGUCUUGCCCUUGUUAUACUGUGAUAUCAUAAUGUUGCAUGACAAAUAAUACUCCCUAUUUUACUGUGAGUCAGUUUAUUCAUCAUCUGCAAAAAAAAUUGAGACAGAAAUAUAAUUCAUGCAAUGUCAUUGCUAUUACAAAAUCAUGCCGCAGAAGAAAAGCUACCGUGCAACUCUCACUGCAGGAGUGAUCCACAAGUUUACUUCUAUGACCAGUACUGACUCAUUUUCUUUUU